AUGUCGUUCGAUCAGCUAUCAUCGCUGGAGUCGCAGCCAACAACCACACGAUCCGGUGAUGCAUAUACCGACGAUCCCGAGUUCUCCAAGUUGUCGAAGGACCUCAUGAACAAGCUCUUCACACUCACUGGCAACAUCUCUCGACUUUCGAAUCAAGUUGCCUUACUGGGCACGAAGCGAGAUACCGAACGAGUACGAGAACGAGUACACGAUCUAUUGGAGGAGACUACAGAAGACUUCAAGAACAUUGGAGAGGGCGUCAAGAGAAUCCAGUCCUGGGAGGACGUCAGCCCAUCGCAAAAAUACACCCAACAAAAGCUCUCCCGCGAGUUCCAAGCCACCCUCACCGAGUUCCAAAACGUCCAGCACCGAGCCCUCGAGAAGGAACGUACAACAGCCGCCGCAGCACGCGCUGCGCUCGAGGAAGCAACCUGCCCAUCCGCCGAAGGCGGCAGCCCUAGUUUUGGGCAACAACAACAGCAAUCUCAAGAGCAGCUACGGCUCGCCUCGCAGGAUGAAGUCGACUUCCAGGACUCGCUCAUCGUGGAGCGUGAGACGGAGAUCAGGAAUAUCGAGCAGGGUGUGAGCGAACUGAAUGAACUCUUCAGGGAUGUAGCACACAUUGUCGGUGAGCAGGGGGAGCAACUCGAUACGAUUGCUGCUAAUGUGGAGAAUACGAGGAGCGAUACAAGAGGGGCCGAUUUGGAGCUCAGGAGCGCAGCGAGGUAUCAGAAGAAUGCACGGUCGAAGAUGUGCAUGCUUCUGUUGAUUUUAGCGGUUAUUCUCACCAUCAUUCUGCUGGCAGCGUUUGUAGGUUAG